UAAAAAACUUACCAAUUAAUUUAUAAUUUCUUUUGUUGGCAGUUCUAUAAUAAACACUAGAUCUAGGAAAUAUUUUUGGUCAGGUUGCUGAGAAUUAGACUUACUUCACUCUUGUGUGGUUUUAGUUCACGUCUGGAGUAAAAAUGCGUCUUACUCAAAUUUUGCGUUCUGGAGGAGGGUUUGGCACUUUAGCCAAAAUCCGAGGUAUUGUCUACUUCAGACUCAGUCCUUUUGAGCAGAAGGCUUUUGGUGGUGCAAUCAGCCAUGGAGUUCCUAACAUGCUUCGUAGAUUCCGUGAGAAUGUACUUCGUGUCGCUCCGCCAAUCGCCAUCUACUACUUGAUUUACUCAUGGGCUAUUCAAGAACACGAGCGUGUUGUCAGAAAGAAGCCUGGUGACUUUGCUGAUGAUGUAUAAAUAUAUAAAUAAUGUCAAUUAAAAAAAUGCUAGUUAAUUAAAAUUCACAUUUACAAUUAAAUAAUUAACUUGGUUAAAAUAA